CGCCUGACGAGCCGAGAUUGUGAGGGCAGCACUGCGGCAGUGUAGGUUAACGCAGGUCGCGAGAUUAGAUACUUUGUUGUUGUCCUCGUGCUUCCAGCGGCAAGUGGCGGCAAGCAUACAAGCAUAUGCGGCGUGGGUGGGCUGAGUGGGUGUAAUCGUGGUAUGCACUAGGACGCAGUGCACAGCAAUGUUGAUAUAUGUUAUACUGAGCUCUGAUCCUUGCUCGUCUUGUCUAAGGCUGGGUUAAGCUUCGCUAAAGCUUGAAGCGCCGGGGGUUUGGUUGAUUUCAGUAAUUGUGGUUAUAUUUUAUUGAAAAUAAAAUGCUUUUAUACCCUUAGUUAAUGAGAUGAUGUUUAAAAUAUGUUGUCAGUGUUGUAAGUGCAUUGAAUAUGUUUCUCCAAAAUGGAUUAGUGGUACACCAUUUAGGUACCCAUUCACAGCAGGCAAACAUUGGCUUCAGAAACAUGGAUUUAGGAAUAAAUCAUUUGGCCGAGGAUUUCAAACUUUAUCAGAUUCAUACAGUCCAUCAGAUGUUGAGUACAGGAUGCAUGAAAUAUGGUUUAAACAUAAAGACCGACAAACCCCUGCAGUCCGGAGUCACACAAGCUCAGAACACUUCAGUAUGAUACUUCCUCCACCUAAUGUAACAGGAACAUUACAUCUUGGCCACUCCCUCACCGUGACAAUCCAAGAUGUUCUAGCUAGAUGGCAAAGAAUGCAAGGUAAGAGAGUACUUUGGAUACCUGGAUUUGAUCAUGCUGGCAUCGCAACCCAAACAGCAUUUGAAAGAAAACUAUGGAAAGAGAAACGUCAAACCAGAUACGAUUUAGGAAGAGAAAAUUUUGAGAAAGAACUUUGGAACUGGAAGAAAGAAAAGCAGUCUUAUAUCACCAAUCAGUUGAGGAAUAUUGGUGCCUCAUUGGAUUGGUCUCACCAGUAUUUUACUCUGGAUUCUAAACAUUCAGAAACUGUGGCUAAUGCAUUUAUUCAUUUACAUUCUAAUGGUUUGAUUUACCGUUCUGAAAGUAUUGUGAAUUGGUGUUGUGAACUCCAGUCAGCAAUAUCUGAUAUUGAAGUAAAUCAUAUAGAAAUCAAUGGCCAUACAUUACUGGAUGUUCCAAAUUAUGAAGGACCUGUAGAAUUUGGAGUCCUUUCGAAUUUUGCUUACAAAACUCCAGAUGGUAGUGAUGAGUUGGUUGUAUCAACAACUAGAUUGGAAACUAUGUUGGGUGAUACUGCAGUUGCAGUUAACCCAAAUGACAGUAGAUACUUGGAUUGGCAUGGAAGACAUGUGAUGCAUCCUUUUCUUAGGAAAACAAUACCAGUAGUAUGUGAUGAAUCUGUUGAUCCACAUUUUGGAACAGGUGUUGUGAAGGUGACUCCAGCACAUAGUCUGAUUGAUUGUGAAAUAGGAAAAAAACAUUGUUUAGAAUUUGUGCCUGUUAUAGAUGAAAGAGGAAUAAUGAAUGACCAGUGUGACAAGUUCAAAGGGUUGAAAAGAUUUGAGGCUCGUGAAAAGAUAAAAGAUGAGCUUGUAAAACUAGGCCUUUUUCGAGGUCAAAAGCAUCACACUAUGUCAGUGCCUGUAUGCAGUCGUACUGGGGAUAUUAUAGAAUUUUUGUUGAAACCGCAAUGGUUUCUUUCAUGUCAAGAAAUGGCUAAAGUUGCAAUAGCUGCUGUUGAAAAGGAGGAACUUCUUAUUAUUCCUUCUUCAUAUAAUAAUGUUUGGUUUACAUGGCUACGUAACAUCAGAGAUUGGUGUAUCUCUCGGCAAUUGUGGUGGGGUCAUCGAAUUCCAGCCUAUGAAUGUACUUUCACUGAAUCUGCUAAGACAGUGUGGGUAGCUGCAGAGAAUAUUGAUAAAGCAAGGGACAUUGCCGUUCUGAAGUUGAAGUUGAAUCCUGAAGACAGAGAAAGAAUAAACAUAGUGCAGGAUCUUGAUGUUUUGGACACAUGGUUCUCCUCUGCUUUGUUACCAUUCUCUUCUCUGGGCUGGCCACAAGAGACAAGUGAUUUGAAAGACUUUUAUCCUUUAAGUGUGAUGGAAACUGGCCAUGACAUUUUGUUCUUCUGGGUUGCUCGUAUGGUUAUGCUAAGCACCUACCUCACGGGAAAACUUCCUUUUAAGAAUGUGGUUUUGCAUGGCGUAGUUUGUGACUCUUAUGGAAGAAAGAUGUCCAAAAGUUUAGGAAAUGUGAUUGAUCCUCAAGAUGUCAUAAUUGGUGCUGCUGCAGAGAGUUUACUAAAAAAUGCUCAUGCAAAUUAUGAUUUUGGGCUUAUUUCUGCUGCAGAAUUAAAGAAAACUUUGGAGAGUAAUAAGGUGAGGUUUCCUAAUGGAAUUCCAGAGUGUGGUAGUGAUGCUCUAAGGUUUACUCUCUGUUCCAUUAACAUAGCAAAUGCUCAAAUAAAUUUUGAUGUUGAUUUAUGUUAUAAAAACAGACAAUUUUGUACAAAAAUAUGGCAAGCUUGUCGGUACAUACAAACAAGUUACAAAAAUGUUUUUGCUGAAAGUGAAACUUUGGAAUGUGCUCCACCAAAAUAUCUUUCCUUGAAUUCUAAUGAUUGUGUGAUUGCUACUAUGUCUGUUCAGGAAGGUACUAAACCUAUUGUAAGAGCUUGUGAUUCAUCCUCUGUCAGAACAAUUGAGACUUUGCUUCUGUGCAUAGAUGUUGCAUUACGGGCUUUGAGCCCUUUCAUGCCAUUUAUUACUGAGCAUUUGUACCAGCAUCUUCCACUGAGAAAUAAGGAAGCUUCUUUGGAAACAAUUACUCUUGCUUCAUAUCCUUCUUCACAAGAGUGGGCAUCUUCGAGGAAUGAGAAUAUUGAGGAAGAAAUACAAGAUGUAUUAUCGGUGGUAUCUGGUCUUCGUCAUUUGCAGUCAACUUAUGGAAUUACGAAAACAGAGAAUGCUUUUGGUGUUGUUGAAUGUUCAUCUACUAAAAGUAUGCAUCGAUACAUGGAACACAUUUCUUUAAUAUGUACUCUGUCUGGUGUUAAAAAUGUUGAAGUUACUUCUCAUGUUAAUGAAAAGAUGAAAAAUGAUGCAAUGUACAUGGAUUUUUAUGGGAAAGGCAGUAUUUAUCUCAAAACAGUUAAAAAGAAAGAUGAGUCAAAGGAAUACCAAGAAAAAAUGAGAAGAUAUAAAGUAGCUCUUAAGAGCUUAGAAAAAUUAUAUAAGAUCACGAGUCAUCCAGGAUAUAGUACUUCAGCACCAGAAAAAGUUCAGUUGAAACAUAAGCAGAAUAUUGCAACUUUGGAAGCUGAAAUUCAUGAGUUGAAAAAGUAUCAAGAACAUUUGGAAACAAAGAACAGAUAGAAGCAACUUAUUAUCUUGUAAUGAUUGUGACUUAGAAAAAACUGAUUGCUCUAGAAGUGUGUCUGAUUGAACGUGAGUGGUUCUAUGAGUUGAAAUUGGAUUUGUACUUCUAAUGUGAGGCCUACAUUCAAUAACAUUAUUGAAUGAUUCUUCAUAUUGCCGCUGUCAUCAUUAUGAAAAUUGUGUAAUCAUCAGGUGGUGGAGUGGUUUUGAAAGAUGUUGGCAAAUACUCUCCAUACCAGGAAUGUUAUCUCUUUUGUUCAUAUUGUUUUUGUUUUUUUUCUGGUAACUUCACUUCUGAUGGAUGAAUUUAGUGUAUUUCAAGCAACUAAUUUUAUAUAACUGUAAUAAAAAUAAAAUGCAAAAGUGAAUGUUAUCUGAAAAAUGUUUCCGUAUUUACCCAAAUAUAAAUCGACUUGUAAUAUAAGAUGGCUCUAUAAAUAUCAAGAGGCCUCCUAAAAAUAUGAAAAAGAAUUAAACUAAUUAUCUCUAUUUUGUCAAUAUAAAAUUGCAAAUUGCCUCGAAAAAUUAUCUUGCUGGUGAGAAUGUUAAAACUUGAUUUAACUUUCACACUUUUCUUGUUCUUUAAAAAAAUCAUAUUCAGUUUUCGGUCGCUAUCAUCAUCUCUACAUUUAUCACUUUCCUCCUUUUUUGUUUCUCCUCCCAUACUGCGUUGUCGCCUGGAUUUGUAGGCUCUUCUGAAUGUUGUUCGAUUUGAAUUAGUGUAUAUCCAACACCACCUGAGCACUUUCCCUUUUGAAUCACUGGUUUUUCAUCCUCUCGCUCAUAGC